AUGCAUCGCACAUACUCCAUGCGACAGAGUCGCGCACCGACUGCCUCGCAAAUCCAGAACCCACCCCCACCAUCUUCCUCCACAAAGUCCGGUCGGUUCUUUGGAAAGGGCGGCGUUGGUCAUGCCUUUCGUAAAUCCACCGCUGGCGCCUUCGGCCCAGACCUCGCAAAGAAGCUUGCGAUCCUGGUGAAGAUGGAGAAGAAUGUCAUGCGUAGCAUGGAGCUUGUCGGACGUGAGAGAAUGGAAGUGGCUCAACAACUCUCAAUCUGGGGUGAAGCUUGUGAUGACGAUGUUUCGGAUGUUACGGACAAGCUCGGUGUCUUGAUCUACGAAGUUGGCGAGCUUGAGGACCAACUUGUCGACCGCUACGACCAAUACCGUGUGACCAUUAAGAGCAUUCGCAACAUUGAGGCUUCGGUUCAGCCCAGCAGAGACCGUAAGCAGAAGAUCACCGAUCAAAUCGCUCAGCUUAAGUACAAGGAGCCCAACAGCCCCCGCAUCGUUGUUCUCGAACAGGAGCUUGUCCGUGCUGAGGCAGAGUCUCUCGUUGCAGAGGCCCAGCUUUCCAACAUUACCCGUGAGAAGCUAAAGGCAGCUUUCACUUACCAAUUCGAUGCUCUCAAGGAGCAUAGCGAGAAGCUCGCCAUCAUUGCUGGAUUCGGAAAGCAUCUUUUGGAGCUUGUCGACGAUACCCCAGUGACUCCAGGAGAGACUCGCGAAGCUUAUGAUGGCUACGAGGCUAGCAAGGCUAUUAUCCAAGACUGCGAAGACGCCCUUACCAACUGGGUUACUGCGAACGCUGCCAUCAAGCCAUCCCUCAGCACUCGCGCUCGCAACCUCUCCCAGCGUCGUAAGAGCAACAUGGGUGAAGGCGUCGGCCACGACCUCUCUGGCCAGGACAGCAGCAUGAAGGACCGUGAGAGCGGACUAUGGGUCCCAGCCGGCGCGCACCGCGAAUAUUCAAAUGAAGAGGAGGAAGAAGAGGAGGAGGAAGAGGAGCCUUCAGCUGAGACAAGAGGACGCGAGGAGGAGAGACCAGCUGAGGCAUAA